AUGAUUGCAGUGCCGGAAAUGAACCACAACGACGCCGCAGAAACUGUGGCUUGCCAAGGAUCUAUAGGUGAUUCAGGACUGGCCGCCGGAAAGAUGGAAGCAGCGAUGAUCCGCGACCACAAUGGCGCCUCGCCAGAGAAUACGGUAUUCAGCACGUCUGACGACAUGCGUAAAGCUGGUGGAGAAGCUAGAGCAGCGGCGACCGACCAGGAGAUCCCAGCUCUCGAGGCGCUUGCCUGCCCCGAAUCUGCCGACAGUUGUGACAGCCUUAACGCUGGAGCUAAGGCUUUUACAUCGACACUGCUUGCACUUAGCGCUGCAGCUGUGCGAAAUGGUGCUCAUGGCCAGAAAGAUCAGGGAUUGUGUGACGUGCCCGCCGUGAAGCUUUCUAGGACGGAGAGCCUUGAUGCAGCUGUUCUAAACGCUAGUUCGGAUGACACCGCCGAUGAUUGCGACUUCCUCGGAAAACUGACAACCGACACUUCUACGACGUCUGAGUUCGUGGGCAACGGUGGAAACAGUUCUAUCGCAAGCACGGCAGUGUCAAGGCUUCAAACAGGCGACGGAGCUUGGUGUCCACUGAACUCUAUUCUGGAAAGCGCUGCGUGGGUAGCAACUUCGGAGCAAGCGGAGAAGAAGCCUGACAGACUCGCAGCGAAGCUGGCAACGCCCAACUCCCGCAUGUCUCCUCGAGGUGCUCAUGACUACAGUGCAGUGAACCAUGACGCGAAGAGCGGCCGCGUCGCUCUGAACACGUCCGCUGGGGUGGCUGACAAAGCAAUUCUAGAAGAGCAUGAAACUCUAGCGCGCAUGUCCAAGGCCGAGACGAUCGAGCGCAUGAAAGGGAACCACAUCAGGAGAUGUGACAGUCGAUCGAGCGGAGGACUGCCAGCUUUCGCGUCUCCCACAACAAAGGAGAGGCGUCAGCUGUUCCCGGAUGAGGAGGCGGGACAUUUUUCCGAGAUAACGGGUAGCAGCAGUCUGCAGUUGCUUUGCAGCCUCAUGGCUGAGGCACGGGAGAUGCUGAGGAGCAUAGCAGCAGUGCAGCAAGGGGUCGUUGAAGCGCAGCACCAGCUCACUCUUCUGCUUCGAACAGCAGCGAUAGGGACGGCCUCGCCGUCGCGGGCGCCACUUGCCCGUCACCGCGUUAUGGCUUCGGAGGACCGUUCGAGCCGUGACGUUCGACCGCAUUUGAAUCUAGCUGGAGCGUCAGAGCACGCGGUGGACUGGGAAGAUUCUGAGCUUUUCGGAGCUUCUUCCCUCUCCGCGCCCAACCCCGGCGAAGUGGCUCUAUCUUCACUGACAGCAGACGCAACCCCCGCAACUCGAGAUGGAUCCACUAGCAGCGUCACAUCCAAGUGUCACAGCUCCCCCAGACUCGGCACUGAAGGAGAAGCUUCUUGUGAUGCUCGACAAGAUGGCCACUCGUCCCAAGGCCAUUCCAGUCCGGACAGUUCACGGUUCGUGCCGACCGCUGGAGAGAACGGCCUCAGGCUCCCUGGGAGGGACCGGUCCCAGUCUCCGAUCCUCGGUGGCACUCGCUAUGGCGGCGCAGAUGCGUGUUCAGCGACGAACGCCAGUGGAAAUGGGACUGCGACAAGCCCUGAUGGGACAUUCAUGUCACUGUACGCCCCGCCGCUCCUGGCGCCGCUUUUCGCGCGUGCUCGCGCGGCGGACAGGCAAGACUGCGUAGAAGAUUCACAGGUCGGUGGCUCCAAAAAGAGAGCUCGGUCACGAGGGCUCGCUUGGCCUACAUCCGACGUUACUGAGAAGGCCCGAGAUGCACUGCGCCUGGCGUUGUCGUCUUCCCAGUAUCAGGCGUCGGCGUCGCCGGACGGCGGCCCCAGGAGGCACAUGAGCACAGACCUGGCAGCUGGUGCACAUCCGAGCGACGCUCAAAAUCGAGCCAAGCGUAGACCAGGCGUAGUCGCGGAACAGGGACUACCUGAUUCGCCCUCGAAAGUUGAGGACAUGGAGGACGCUACACUAAAACAGUCGAGCCCCCCGGCAGUGGCAGAUCUCGCAAAGAACAGCGACAACCUCCAGUCUCUUUCGAGAAUGGCAGUUCCAAAGAAAAUUCGCCCUGCAUGGCCCCGCGAGGAUGCCCCAAUGCCAGGUGUUCGGUUUGCCAAGGACAGAAACAGCUGGGUUGCUUUUUGGUGCGAGAACGGAAAGCAAAACUACAAGUCCUUCAGCAACAAGAAGUUCGGGUGUGAGAGGGCCAGGCUGAUGGCGAUUGCCGCCCGGCACGCUUUCGAUCAGCGUGUGGCACGCCAACAACUUCAACAAUACCAGCAGCAACUCAAUGAGCAGCAGCAAGCCAAGCAUUUGCACGUCAAGAAGCAGCCGCGGUCUCUGGCCCCCAGGCUACCAGCGGAGAACCCGCCUGUUGGCAAUCGUACAGUUGCAUCUGAGUUGAGUGUGGAUGCCCCGACCUCGCGUCCCAUCGCUGCCGCUGGUUUGUCAGAUGACAACUCGGAACAUGAGGCUAAUAUCGGCUUGUCUGAAAGAGUGAAGGAUGCCAAGGAUGAGCGUCCAGCUUUGGCCCUGAACAGGCUCGGCUUAUUGGACGAAGCUUCGGCUGAGGUGUUGGGCAAGGCCGCGCUGGGCCUGAGCUUUGCAGAGCUUCAGAAGCUUGCAGAAUCUCUGGAGAUCCCUCAGAACUUGUACAGUUCGCAUCAAAAUCUGCUGCAGGCGGCAUCCGAGUUGGCUGCAACAUCUAGUUCCGGGGUUGUGCCGGACGUCAAACACGAUCUCGGUGACGCCAAGAAGGAUUUGGUGAAAAUGCAAGGAUGUUUGAACCUGCAGAAAGCCACCGAGAUGGACCUCGCGCAUACGCGCCAUCUUGUAAAUUCGUCGGAGCCGAAAAUUGCGCAUCUGGACUUGAUGCAGGCCUCCGAACAGACUGACCGAUUUGCCCAGCGGAACGCCGCGGGAAUGGCUGAUGAUGCGAUGAUGCUUGAAAGUGCCCUGGAGAAGAUGCGCGACUCAGCUGUCCGCUUGCAGGAGAAGAUUGUCUGUGGGAGCUGA